AUGGGGAAAGCUGAAUUCGGCUCGGCCAAGUACCAGGCCAAGCAACUCAAGGCGUCGGGUCUUCAGAAACUCCGAUAUUACUGCCAGCUUUGCCGCAAGCAAUGUCGCGAUGCCAAUGGUUUCAAAAACCAUCUUCUGUCGCCGUCGCACAUGGGCCGAAUCUCCAACUUGAGCCUGGACGGGAAGGCCGGCUCGGUUGUGGAGGAGUUUCUGGCACAGUUCGAACGAGACUUCAUGCGGCUCUUGCGCAUCAACCAUGGCACCAAAAAGAUCGACGCCAACAAGUUCUAUCAAGAGUACAUCUUGAACGACCGGGAUCACGUGCACAUGAAUGCCACCAAGUGGUCUUCCUUGACUUCUUUCAUACGAUACUUGGGCCGCCAGGGAAAAGUCAGGGUCGAAAUGCCUGAUGCAGAGGACGAGUUCAAUCUUGUGAUCCGAUUGCCCGAAACGACGGCGCCAGCGAAGAAGAAAGCUGCCGAAGCCGACGAGGAACGAACACUAAAGUUCCUUCAGCAGCAAGUAGAGCACGGCAAACAGUUAGAGCAGAGACAGGAGAAAACUACAUCUGCAAAUAAUAGUGACAUGCAUAAGGAUAAGCAAGAGGAAGAGGCUCUGAAGCAGGAAGCACUGGCAGGGAACACACAAGCAGCGAAAGCAUCACUGUCACCUGGUGCGCCGAUCAAGCUCUCGCUCAAGGGCCUUGUGACGAAAAAACGGCCCGUUGCACUGGCUUUUUCUAACGACAGCGAUAGCGACACCAAUUCAUGA